AUGGACGCACGGGCAGGCCUCUGCAGCCCUUCAGAGAGUACUCGACCCAGACGGCAAAAGGCACGAGACUUUCCUUUCCGCGCCACACAAGAGGCAGACGAACCCACCAAAGCUCUUCUUCGACAGCGCGAGGACUUGCGGCACGCAGUAGCAGAUUCCAGCAUCAAAGACGUGGUGCGCCUAUAUGAUGAGCUGGAAGACAAGAGCAUCUUCAACCGACACGACUUCCGUCUCAUUGUUCAAUGCUUGCACCAACACUGUCGUCGUCUCAACCCAUACUUGGCCGAUCCCAAGAGACAUAGGGAAGAGACAGACACUCUAGCCACCUUUGGCGAAAGACUGGUUGAAGACCUCAAACAGGGCAUUGUCGAACCCAACAAGCUUGCACAUGUACAUCUACUGGGACUUUUCAAGGAGAUCGGCCACCGAGAUUCUGGAGGCAACUUCUGGGAGUGGCUGCAAGCCCAAGACGAUUCCUUCAUCGAUCACGACGUGUACGGUGCUGCCAUAGAAUUGUUGGCCGUGUCUGGAACCCCCCUUACCGACCUCGAGGAACUGUACCAGGAAGCACUCACCCGUUUUCCAGGGAAUUUCGUAGCAUACCAUCUCUCGCCCAAUGCGAUCGUGCCGAACCGCGAAGAAGCAGUACGACUACCCGGCAUACCAAUUUCGUUACUGCAGGGCAUUCUGACGGCGCGUCUCUUGCAUGGCGACACCCGCAACGCCUAUCUGGCACUGGACACUGCACUCAGGUUAUACCCAGACCAAGUCCCGUCUCGGUUCUUCACCCUUUUCGUUGAAGAGCGACCUUUGAUCGAAGCAUACACCGUCGUGGCAAUUGCCUGCCGAGCUGGCAUUUACCUUCCCGGUAGUCUGAUGAAGAAGUGUCAAAGCGCGUUGCGGGCCCACCAGGGUUUGGGAAAGCUUCCUUCAGCUUUAAUUCAUCCAAUGAUCGUCAGAGCUCAACUCUCAUUGCUUCACAUGUACAGAGGCGCUGGAAAUGUCUUUACCACGAACAUGCUCAGCGAACUCAUCAUGUCAGUCUCAAGUCUAGGUCUCGUCAAGGGACUCAGAGCUGCGCCAGAAUCACAGAGGCGGCAGUGUCUAGCUCCCAUCGUGAGAAUAAUCAGACACAUCCUUACCAUCGCUGCACGACUUGGGGUCAGACCUGGCAUUGCAGCUUUCAAUAGGAUUAUAAACGAACUUGGUCCGUACUCAAAAGAACUGGUCGGAAGAGCGCUCGCUGAUGCCAAGGGCAUGGGCCUGGAACCAACCCACGUGACACGGCGGUCUAUCAUGGUUGCUGCAGGCAAGCUAGGAGACGGCGAAAUGCUCAUGGCGACUUGGAGACUCGUGGUGCAAGCAAGAAACAACGCAGAUCAGAAACCUGACUUAGUGGACUGGGCCUGCUUCAUCAUCUCUGCUCGUGACACAAAAUGCUUCGCCUUCGCCCGGCAAGAGUUCGAGGCUCAUAGGCAGACCAUGUCCCCGGAGGAGCAGCAUCGGAUCGAUUCGAUGCUGGAGAGCAAGGACGAGGGUCUUCCUGACUUCGACAGUCUGAGAGCGCUCGACCUUGAGACGAUGCUCAGUCAGCUCAGUGCGCUACAAAACGACUUGCACGUAUUCGACGAGCGUACCAAAGAUUGUCCAGUCCAUCAGGACUUCAGCUCGCAGAAGCUUCCCAUGACCAUGCUGCGCCCUGAGAGUGGAAACCCUGUGCCGGACAAGGUACAGAGAACUCUCUACGACGAGCUCACCACCGAACAGCCGAAAACUGGACCUGCGGACCUUGGUCACAGUGGCACUGAAAGCAUUGAGCAACCACAACCAACAGCAGAGGCGGCAUUAUCUGCAGCGCCAAUAGGUGCACCGCACAGGAAGUCACCCACGAACAUCCCACUCGGUACUCUACGGUAUGAGAAUUGGAAGACUAUGAAUUGGCUCUUGGAGCAAUCGGCCGCGAACGAUCGAGAGCAUCAUCGGCUUGUGGAUGAAGCGAUCGCUGCUGGCACCGCACCGCCCGCGCACAACGCCAGUCUUGGGCUGAACAGGGUGAACGAUUUGGGAACAUACGGGCUGAGCGAUACAAUGGGCGAUGAAAGAAAGCCUGACAGCCAACGGGCGAUGAGCGAAGAGGAGGUCAAGGCGUGGAGGGAGAAGGUGCUGGCGCUAAGGGGGAGGACUGUCUAA